AUGGACCAACUACACGCCGAACCGUACUGCAUCCUAUGUCGACACCGUCUUGACAUAGCCAGCCCAGGCGCAUGCACUACAUCAAGCUGGGCAACGGAUACCAUAUGCUUCUACCCAAACAAACGCCCCCAAGACCCUCCCGCGGCUCCAGGCAGGGCGUACCGUGCAGACGUGAGCAACGACGAGUGGUGGGAUCCCGACGGAACUGGUAAUCCAAUUCACUUUUACACAACACCCAAAACAUCCCACGACGGCGCCGUGCGAGACUUUGUGAACUUCACACACGUCUCAUGUUUGCAGCUCGCCCGACGCACGCUGGGUCCGUUGCGAGCACGCCAUCUGCGGGAUCUCGCUCGCUGCUUCAGGACGAUACUCCCAUGGAGUUUCAGUGUUGCGCCCAAGGUUUUCAGCGUGGGGACAGUUCCUAGUAUACCUGCGCCCCCGGGUUUGUCACUUGAUACAGACUUGGGACUCUUGCUUCAUGAUAUGUCGAAGAAGUUGCAUUUCAAGAUCCAGCAAAUGAUUCUCUCUGGUGUUGACGGGCUGUGUCGAUCUCUGCUUGAUGCCUGUACCACGUUGGAUUCUGCAAAGAGACUGGAGACUUUAUCCGAGGUCCCAAGGCUACCUGCGAAAUUGAAGCUCCCUAAUCAGAUGGCGGAUUUCAUGCUUAGGUCUGUCCACGUACUGGGCCAUGAUUGCCUUGUACGCGUCAAUCCUCUGUCAAUUCUCCCUGGAAAUCCGCUGGAAACCACUCAUGCUGUUGGGGCGCAGUUAGCUUACAGUGCGUACGGAUUGUCAGACCUGCGCCUGUUCUUUUCAGAUGGGAGUCAAUCUGGGUGGAAGACCAAUGGACAAAGACAGUGGUUCUUGAAUACCGAGUUUGACUACCAGAGUCAACUCUGUCUUGCAUCCGACGGCACCAAAUUCAUCGACAUCAUUAACGAAGAGCCGAACCCACCUGACGUGAAGAUUCUCUGGAACAACGACCAUCCUCGACAACCACACCUGUCGAGCCGCUUGUUGGACUUCCGCAAGCGUAAGGACUUCGUUACGACCCACGGCGGGUAUCGGCCCAUGAGAUACCUGCCUCUCGAGGGCCUCCGUAGCUUGACCAUGUUCAUACACGAGCUGGGUGUGGUCUGCAUCCAAGCCAACGACGACGACAAGAACAGGCUAGGAGAGAUCAGGAGCGACUGCUGUGUCGUCACGCACUACCUGCGGGAGGGCGAAGCUCUAACAUCUCUUCAGUUAGUCUUUAAAGGGAAGACCCAUCAAUUAGGGAUAAUUGCUGUGACUAGCACCGGUCGCAACCUAUACUUCGGCGCUAGACAGAUCCCUGACGGUCUGUCGGUCGCAGGAUGUCACUACAAUCUUGGCCAAGAACAUCGUCUUGCAGGUCUUUUCACUGCUGUUUGCCAGCCAAGCCCUAUAUGGCUGGAUUGUCUUGGCGUGACAUAUUUCUUGGAGCUUCCCAAUAGUGACGAGAAUAACGUGCAGCAUGUCGAGGAGGAAAAAGAACAACAAGUACACGAAGAAAAGGAUGAGGACGGUCAAGAAAUGGAUGAUCAGGACGAACACGAAAGCGACGACGAGGAUCAAGAAAGCGACGACGAUAGCUACGUCGAAGAAGAGCAAAAAGGCUUUUUCAUCCCCUAUCACGACGCUCCACCCAAACACAAACAUGGGGUUCUCCCCUUCGAAACAUCAGCACUCUUCCUAACCAGCACCAUCCUCAAAGACGUCCUGAGCAUAGAAACCCAAGUCCGUGGUCCUCGCUGCAUGGGGCUGAAGAUAACAAAACGCAACAAGGAAAUUGACAUCCUCGGGCAAUGGGAUCCUUGUCACCACGCCGGUAUUCGAAAAAUCCAUGACGUCGAACAAGAUGGCAAGCUUCUCGGGUUGACGUUUGUGCUGUCCGAGGUGCCAGAGGGUGGCAAGACGAAAGAUGUUUUUGUGAAGGAUGUCUUGGUCGGUGUCAUGCCGGAUGCCGGGAUAAGUACAUUUGUUUGGAAGCAACUGGAUAAGGAACUUGCUUGGCUGUUUACACACGAGUUUGAUUGUGUGAAGCACUACGAGGUGCCAUAUUCAGAGGUCAAGGUUCCUAUCAUUUCUAGUGUUCUCCCGGACGAUGUGUCGUGA